AUGGAUCAUGAUCAUGUCACCUUGGCAAAAGAAGAACGGGAUAAUUUGGAUAUUGUCAAGGAAGCUCGUAAUAAUCCUGAUUUAAUUGAAAUCGAAGCUUAUGGUCAUUUGAAAGGAAGUGCAUUAUUAAAUAAUUUGACAGCCUCAACAUUACGUGCCAAAGGUCGAAUCAUUGUUCCUCCUGUGGUAUUUUAUAAUCAAUCAAGAACUGAAACUAUGAUUGUAGUCCAUUUGGGUACAGAAUUAUGUGGACAUGAUGGGAUUAUUCAUGGUGGUUUAUUAGCAACUGUUUUAGAUGAAGCAUUAGCUCUUGUGGCUAUGCCAGCAUUACCCAAUUAUGUAGGAUUUACUGCCAAUUUGAAUAUUGAUUACCGCCGACCUGUCAAAUCAGAUCAAUGGGUUGUUUUACGUGGUCGUUUGGACAAAGCAGAAGGAAGAAAAGCUUGGGUGGAAGCGUGGAUUGAAAGUCUAGAUGGUAAUACCAAAUUUGUAGAAGCGAAAUCAUUAUAUAUCUCCCCAAAAUCCCCUUUAGCACGCGUACUUUGA